AAAGAAACAAAGUCACCGGAUGCAUGCUAACUCGUGUCUGGUCUCCUUAUCACUUUUCAGGUGUAUUUGGUAGGAGACCCAGUCCAUGCUGAUCAGGACUGGGCAUUGGAUUCGUUCUGCUGCUUUCAGUGUGUUGAGCUCUGCUGGUUGGAGAGACCCUCUUUUCAGGGCACUAAGAGGAACAGGCAUUGCUGUUCAGAGAGGCCUUUGGAUCAUGGAUGUCACUGGGGCCUCUGAAGACCAGCAAGCCACCACUGUGGUUAGGUGUGAUGCUACUGCUGAAACUACCACACCCACUGAAACCCCUGCAGAAGAGGAAGUCAAUGGCUCAGCCAGUGUUCCGGGUGGGAUGGAUCGGGAUGGCACUACGGAGCUGCUGCCAGGGGAGACUGUGGUGAAGGAGGGAAAAGCAGCCAUCUUGUUUCCAAGUGCCAACGAGGUUUUCUAUAAUCCCGUGCAGGAGUUCAACAGAGACCUGACCUGUGCUGUGAUCACAGAGUACGCAAGGGAGCUCCUGUCUCAGAAAGGGGUGCGAUUGGUGGUGCCAGGGGAAAAGGAGCGUGUGGUUGUCAGUUUGUCUGAGGAGAGCCAAGAGAUGGAGGAAGUGCAGGAGGGAGAGCAGAAGCAGGGACUGGAGGCUCCAGUGGCAGUGGUUGGGGAGCCUUGUGAGCAAGGGCUUCGUGUGCUGGAAGGUCUGGCUGCAUCAGGUCUGCGCUCAGUACGCUUUGCCCUCGAGGUGCCUGGUUUAAAGAGCGUGACAGCCAAUGACUGCUCAGCCCGUGCAGCUGCGCUCAUCGCGCGCAAUGCCCAGUACAACGGCAUCUCGCACCUACUGAAGGCCAGCCAGAGGGAUGCCAGCAUUCUGAUGUAUGAGGCCCGUGGGCGGAAGGACCGCUACGAUGUCAUCGAUCUGGACCCCUAUGGUAGCCCCGCCCCUUUUGUGGAUGCAGCGGUACAGGCUGUCAGUGAUGGAGGGCUGCUCUGUGUGACUUGCACCGACAUGGCUGUGAUGGCAGGCAACUGCGGCGAGACGUGCUAUAACAAGUACGGCUCUGUAUCAAUCAAGGCCAAGUACUGCCAUGAGAUGGCACUGCGUAUCAUCCUGCACAGCCUGGACCAGCGGGCGGGGGUCUACCAGCGCUACAUUGAACCUCUGCUCUCCAUCAGUGCAGACUUCUACAUCCGGGUGUUUGUGCGGGUUCGCACAGGCCAAGCCAAGGCCAAGCACUCAGCCAGCAAGCAGGCGCUGGUGUACAACUGCGUGGGCUGCGGCUCCUUCCACCUGCAACGGAUGGGCAAACGCAUCUGCCAGGGAAAGAACAUGAAGUACACUGCAGCCACUGGACCGCCUGUUGGCCCCAGCUGUGAGCACUGUGGACAGAGACAUCAGCUGGGAGGUCCAAUCUGGGCAGAACCCAUCCACAAUACCGAGUUUGUACAGAAGGUCCUGUCCGCAGUUUCAGGGAAUCCCUCCCGCUUCGGGACAUCCCGCCGUAUUGAGGGGAUGCUCAGCAUGGUCACAGAGGAACUUGAGGAUGUGCCGUUUUACUAUACCCUUGAUGGCUUGAGCAGCACUGUGCGCUGCAACACCCCGUCUCUGCUGCAGUUCAGGUCCGCUCUUCUCCACGCAGGCUACAGAGUGUCCCUCUCGCACGCCUGCAAGAAUGCUGUCAAAACCGAUGCACCACCCAGUGCGAUAUGGGACAUCAUGCGGUGCUGGGAGAAGAACCAUCCUGUGAAGCGAGAGAAACUGUCAGAGACUAGCCCGGCAUUUCAAAUCCUGUCCACGGAACCCAAUCUGCAGGCAUGUUUCACUGUGCGGCAGGAUGCAAAUCCCCAGUCUCGACGCCGGCAGCUUGUACGCUUCCAGGAGAACCCGCAUGCGAACUGGGGGCCCAAGGCUCGUGCCAGAGCUGGAGGAGCACCCCCCGACCUGGAUGACCGCCGUAAGCAGCUCCAGAACAAGAGGAAGAAGCCAACAGCAGACACGUCCAAUCUCAAAAACUUCCCUUGCAAGAAGUUCCGACAGGGAUUGUGUUCUCAAGGUGAGGAUUGCUGCUAUUCCCAUGAGCCACAGCAGGAGAAAGACACUGGAGCAACGAUGGAGUGAUGUCUUCAUGCAGGCACUGUUUGAACCCUUAUUAUGCAUGGCCUCCUUAGUAUCAAUAUGAUGCAAGUGUCUUUAUAGACAGUGGGCUGAAGAAAAUGCUAUUGAGCAUUUUAAAUAACAGUUCAAACUGGACUGAAGUUGCUGAGAGUCAGCUGUAAGUAAGCUCACUAGGUGCUAAGUCUAGUAUGAGCUCAAAUUGGCUGUGUGGGUUGCAGACUGCAGAAAAGGUAUUUGAAUAAUAAAAUUCAUAAGGUAGAACUACAACCCAAUGAGGUUGAGGUUUGAAGUGCAGUGUAUAGCCAGUGCUCCACUGUAUUUGUCUUUUUUGGCUAGGUCAAAAGGCUAAUAAAAUGCUGCCCUUCAGUGUGCCAGA